AUGUCUAAAUAUAUCAUUUAUACAGGAUCAGAAUGGUCUUUACAUUAUGUUCGAUCAAAUAGAACUCAACAAGAAUAUCAAACAAUAGUUGAUCAUUUAACCAAUUCUUUAAAUUUCAUAUAUACAAUUGGAACAAAUACAUCAUUUUCACAGAUAUUAAAUUCACUAAAUAGUAUAGAUUUGUUUAUAUCAUACGAAGGAUUAUUACUAGAUUAUGAACAAUCUUUAACGAGAUUAUUAUCUGAUCCUGAAACUGCUCAUGUGGAAUAUUUUAGAGGAAUUCAAAAUCCUAUUGGAAUUAAAGUUGGACCAUCCAUGAAACCUGAUGAAUUGCAAAAAUUGUUGGAUAUUGUUAAUCCUAAUAAAAAAAUUGGAAAAAUUACUUUAAUUACGUGUUAUGGAGCUCAUCAAAUCAUCAGAAAUUAUUUCAUUAACGCACCUUUGAUUUUAUUUGUUAGCACAAAACAAUCGUUAACUGGUGUAAAAACUAGACAUUUUAAUUCAAUAAUUGAGGAACUAUCAAAAGUGAUACAUGUUCAUAAAGAUAAUAAUAGUCAAAUGAAUGGAGUACACUUUGAACUAAUAGGUGAAGGUGUAACAGAAUGUAUUUGUUCAAUACAAUUAGCUGAAACUGAUUUAUCUUUAAAUUAUAAAACUGCUUGUGAUCCUUGA